GCCAUCUAAGACUUACAUAACAACUGGCGACUAUAAACCUGACGGCUGUGGAAUCUUUUGGAAAGAUUCUUUGUUUAUGGUAGUGUACGUCAAGCGCUUUUACUAUAAGGACAUUCAUUGCAGAGUAGCUUUAAUGGCCAUUUUAAGGCACAGAACAUCGGGUGCUUACGUGGCUGUAAUUAAUACUCAUCUUUACUGGGAUCCUGAACAAGAAGACGUUCAACUGCAAGAACUUUUUUACUUAAAUCAGGAGGUAAGACGAACCUUUUUUUCUUUAGGAAUUAUAGCCUCUGAACUUCCUAUUGUGUUCUGCGGUGAUUUCAACAACGUGCCUCAAAGUCUUCUUUACCGCUUCGUUCGAGGCUACAUGUUUAAUUACAGUGAUCAAGAAGCUCGUAACUUUAACGGGAGCCGCCCUUGGGCAAUUAAGAACGGAGUUUUAAAGAGUGCCUACUCUUACUACCAGCGAAAUAACAGUGAGCGUACCAGUAGAUCUUUCACGCUAAACAAAGAAAUUGAAGGGGAGCCGCCCUUCACUACCGUCACUAGUCGGCGCUGCCAUACCGUCGACUACAUCUGCGAGGAGAGUUUGAGGGAAGAAAAGCUAACGGGAGCGCCGUGUGGCGGGCUUCCCAAUUCCUGUCAGCCGUCCGACCACCUAUCCCUUAUGGCUUGCUUUGAAUUUUUGGUGCCGCGUAAUAAAAAUAAUGCUCGGUAA